CCUUCUGCCAUGGCCCUUUGGGAGAUAUUUUGUUUAUUAAUCUUCCUGGAGAGAAGUUGGGGACAGGAACAAACCUAUGUUAUUUCUGCACCAAAAGUACUGCGCAUUGGAUCAUCUGAAAAUGUCGUGAUUCAAGUCUAUGGGUACACAGAAGCAUUUGGUGCAGCAAUUUCAAUAAAAAGUUAUCCUGAUAAAAAAUUUACUUAUGCUUCAGGCUCUGUUACAUUAUCCCCAGAAAAUAAGUUCCAAAACUCUGCCAUCUUAACAAUACAACCCAAACAACUGUCUAGAGAGCAAAUCUCAGAUUCACAUGUGUAUUUGGAAGUGAUAUCAAAGCAUUUUUCAAAAUCAAAGAAAAUGCCAAUCACACAUGACAAUGGAUUUCUCUUCAUUCACACAGACAAACCCGUAUACACUCCCCAUCAGUCAGUUAAGGUUAGAGUUUAUUCACUGAAUGAUGAUUUAAAGCCAGCCAAAAGAGAAACUGUUCUAACAUUCAUCGAUCCUGAGGGAUCAGAAGUUGACAUGGUUGAAGAAAAUGAUUAUACUGGAAUUAUCUCUUUUCCUGACUUCAAGAUUCCUCCCAAUCCCAAAUACGGUGUAUGGACAAUUAAAGCUAAAUAUAGAGAGGACUUUUCAACCACGGCAGCCACAUCCUUUGAGAUUAAAGAAUACGUCUUGCCACAUUUUUCUGUUUUGAUAGAACCAGAAAGUAAUUUCAUUAGCUACAAGAACUUUAAGAAUUUUGAAAUUACAAUAAAAGCAAGCUAUUUUUACAAUAAAAUGGUCACUGAGGCUGAAGUGUAUGUCUUUUUUGGAUUAAGAGAAGACAUCAAAGAUGACCAAAAAGAAAUGAUGCACAAGGCAAUGAAGAGCACAAUGUUGAUAAAUGGGAUUGCUCAAGUCACAUUUGAUUCCGAAACGGCAAUUAAAGAACUGUCAUAUGACAGUCUAGAAGAUUUAAAUGACAAGUACCUUUAUAUUGCUGUGACAGUCACAGAGUCUACAGGUGGAUUUUCUGAAGAGGCAGAAAUACCUGGCAUCAAAUAUGUGCUGUCACCCUACAGACUAAAUUUGGUUGCUACACCUCUUUUCUUGAAACCUGGGAUUCCAUAUUCCAUCAAGGUUCAGGUGAAGGAUUCAUUGGACCAGCUGGUAGGAGGGGUGCCAGUAACUCUGAACGCACAAAUAGUCCAUGUAAACCAAGAGAUGUCUGACUUGGAAUCGCAGCGGAGUGUGACAAGUCUCAGUGAUGGAGUGGCUUCAUUUGUGGUUAAUCUCCCAUCGGCAGUGACGGCACUGGAGUUUUAUGUCAAAACUGAUGCCCCAGACCUCCCCGAAGAAAAUCAAGCUACCAAAGAUUACCAAGCAAUUUCUUAUUCAUCUCUCAGCCACAGUUACCUUUAUAUUGAUUGGAUUGAAAACUAUAAACCUUUGCUUGUUGGAGAAUAUCUGAAUAUCGUUGUAACCCCCAAGAGUCCAUACAUUGACAAAAUAACUCACUAUAAUUUCUUGAUUUUAUCCAAGGGAAAAAUUGUACAUUUUGGCACCAGGGAGAAACUUCCGGAUUCUUCUUAUCAAAGUAUAAACAUCCCAGUAACACAGAACAUGGUUCCUUCAGCCCGACUCCUGGUCUAUUACAUCGUCACUGGAGAGCAGAAAGCAGAAUUGGUGUCGGAUUCAGUCUGGUUAAACAUUGAAGAAAAGUGUGGCAACCAGCUACAGGUUCAGCUGUCUCCAAAUGCAGAUGCUUACUCUCCAGGCCAAAGUGUGUCUCUCAAUAUGGUGACCGAGUCGGACUCGUGGGUGGCAUUAACAGCAGUGGACAGUGCUGUGUAUGGAGUCCAAGAAAGAGCCAAAAGGCCCAUGCAAAGAGUGUUCCAGGCUUUAGAGAAGAGCGACCUGGGCUGUGGGGCAGGCGGCGGCCGUAACAAUGCGGAUGUAUUCUACCUAGCUGGGCUCACCUUCCUCACCAAUGCCAACACGGAUGGAGCACAAGAAAAUGAUGAAACUUGUAAAGAAAUUCUUAGGCCAAGAAGAGAACUGCAACAGAAAAUAGAAGAACAAGCUGCUAAAUACAAACAUCGAGUACCAAGGAAAUGUUGUUACGAUGGCGCCCGUCUCAAUAUCUAUGAAACCUGUGCACAGCGAGUGGCACGCGUGACCGUGGGGCCACACUGCAUCAGAGCUUUUAAUGAGUGCUGCCACAUGGCAAACCAGAUCCGAGCUAAUAUGUCUCAUAAACCCAUGCAGCUGGGAAGACUACACACACAGACCGUGUUACCAGUAAUGAAGCCAGAAAUUCGGAGCUAUUUUCCAGAAAGCUGGUUAUGGGAAGUUCAUCAUGUUCCCCGGAGAAACCAAUUGCAAUUUGUGCUGCCUGAUUCUCUCACUACUUGGGAAAUUCAAGGUGUUGGCAUUUCGGACAGUGGUAUCUGUGUAGCUGAUACUCUCAAGGCCAAGGUGUUCAAAGAUGUCUUCCUAGAAAUGAAUAUACCUUAUUCGGUUGUACGAGGGGAGCAGAUUCAGUUGAAAGGAACAAUUUAUAACUACAGGACUUCAAGUAUGGUGUUCUGUGUCCGGAUGUCUGCUGCGGAGGGAAUCUGUACAUCAGGAAACCCAGAUGUAGACUCUCAGGGGACCAAACCCUCUAAAUGUAUGCCGCAGAGGAUAGAGGGCUCUUCUACUCACCUGGUCACCUUCAGCCUGCUUCCUCUCGAAAUUGGCCUCCACAACCUCAACUUUUCACUGGAGACUUCAUUUGGAAGGGAAACUUUAGUAAAAACAUUACGGGUGGUGCCAGAAGGAAUCAAAAAAGAAAGUUACUCUGGUGUUACUCUGGAUCCAAAGGGAAUUUAUGGUGUUAUUAGCAGAAGAAAGGAGUUCCCAUACAAGAUCCCAUUAGAUCUGGUCCCCAAAACAAAUGUCAAAAGGAUUUUGAGUGUAAAAGGGCUCCUUCUAGGUGAAGUUAUGUCUACAGUUCUGAGUCAGGAAGGCAUCAAUAUCCUAACCCACCUUCCCCAGGGCAGUGCGGAGGUGGAGCUAAUGAGCAUUGUCCCAACAUUCUAUGUUUUUCAUUAUCUGGAGGAAGGAAACCACUGGAACAUUUUUCAUCCUAACACAUUGACUAAAAAACAGAUCCUGAAGAAAAAAAUGAAAGAAGGGUUGGUAAGCAUCAUGUCCUACAGAAAUGCUGACCAUUCCUACAGCAUGUGGAAGGGUGGAGAUGCUAACACUUGGUUAACAGCAUUUGCUUUAAGAGUACUUGGACAAGUACAUAAAUACAUAGAGCAGAAUCAAAAUUCAAUUUGUAAUUCUUUAUUGUGGCUGGUUGAGAAUUGCCAAUUGGAAAAUGGGUCGUUCAAGGAAAAAUCCCAGUAUCAUCCAGUAAAAUUACAGGGUACCUUGCCUGUUGAAACUCAAGAAAACGCCUUGUAUCUGACAGCCUUUUCUGUGAUUGGAAUUAGAAAGUCUUUUGACAUUUGUCCCAUGGAGAAAAUCAGCACAGCUCUAGCUAAAGCUGACGGCUUCCUGUUGGAACAUACGCUCAUGUCCCAGAACACCUUCACCCUGGCCAUCGUGGCCUAUGCUCUCUCCCUGGGAGAUAAAACACAUCCCCGGUUUCGUUCGAUUGCUUCGGCUCUGAAGAAGGAAGCCUUGGUGAAAGGUAAUCCACCCAUUUAUCGGUUUUGGAAAGACAAUCUGCAACAUACAGAAAGUUCAAUACCUAACAGAGGUACAGCGGGAAUGGUGGAAACUACUGCCUAUGCGCUACUCACCAGCCUGAGCUUGAAUGAGAUGAAUUACGUCAACCCGAUCAUCAGGUGGCUGUCUGAAGAGCAGAGGUACGGAGGCGGCUUUUAUUCCACCCAGGACACCAUUAAUGCCAUUGAGGGCCUGACAGAAUAUUCACUCCUGAUUAAAAAUCUCCAGCUGAAUAUGGAUAUCAAUGUCUCCUAUAAGCACAAAGGUGACUUCUAUCAGUACAAGGUGACAAACAAGCAUUUCCUUGGGAAACCAAUAGAGGUACCUCUCAACGAUGACCUCAUCAUCAGUACAGGAUUUAGCAAUGGCCUAGCUACAGUACAUGUCAAAACUGUAGUGCACAAAACCAGUACCUCUGAGGAAGUUUGCAACUUUCACUUGAAAAUUGAUGCACAAAACUUUGAAGCAUCCCACUACAGUGCAUACAGAGAAUCAGGAUACAAGCGCCUAAUAGCAUGUGCCAGCUACAAGCCCAGCAAGGACGAGUCUUCAUCUGGGUCUUCCCAUGCUGUGAUGGAUAUCGCUCUGCCCACGGGAAUCAGUGCAAACCAAGAAGACUUAGAAGCACUUGUGGAAGGGGUAGAUCAACUAUUAACUGAUUACCACAUCAAAGAGGGGCAUGUUAUCCUUCAGCUCAAUUCGAUUCCUUCCAGCGAUUUCCUUUGUGUCCGAUUCCGGAUAUUUGAACUUUUCCAAGUUGGAUUUCUGAGCCCAGCUACUUUCACAGUGUAUGAAUAUCACAGACCAGACAAACAGUGCACCAUGUUCUAUAGCACUUCUGAUACCAAACUUCAGAAAGUCUGCGAAGGAGCCACAUGCAAAUGUGUAGAAGCUGAUUGUGGGCAAAAGCAGAAAGAAUUGGAUUUGACAAUCUCUGCAGAUACCAGGAAAGAAAUAGCGUGUAAGCCAGAGAUUGCAUAUGCUUAUAAAGUUAGCAUCAAGUCCAUCACAGAAGAAAAUGUAUUUGUCAAGUACACGGCAACACUUUUGGAUAUCUAUAAAACAGGGGAAGCUGUUGCUGAGAAAGACUCCGAAAUCACCUUCAUUAAGAAGAUGACCUGUGCUAACAGUGACCUGGUGAAAGGAAGGCAGUAUUUAAUUAUGGGUAAAGAAGCUCUGCAGAUAAAACACAACUUCAGUUUCAAGUAUAUCUACCCUUUAGAUUCCUCCACUUGGAUUGAGUAUUGGCCUACAAACACAGCGUGUCCAUCGUGUCAAGCAUUUCUAGCUAAUUUAGACACAUUUGCAGAAGACAUCUUUUUAAAUGGCUGUGAAAAUGCCUGAAUGAUGUAUAAUUUUCUCGUCUGGAUUCCUUUUGUUGCAGUUCCUCUUUUCUGCUUUCUUUUUGUAAACACUCACAACUGGUCUUACUUGGAAAGCUCUUUUUUUUUUUUAAAACAAUUAGUGGCGCUUACUUUUAUUAGACAGCAGUUGGAAGAGUUGUCACUUUCUGGAAUAACAUGCCUUGAAGGUCAUGAAGGCAGGUGUUCCAAGGAUACUAGACAUCAGGAGCAAUGAAAUGGACCACAUCCUAAAACCGACCACUUGGGAAUGGCUGCUGGGACCAAAAGAACAACCCUGUGGACAUGCAAUAGCUUACAAAAAUGUGUCCUUUGCUUGCACAACAAAAACAUCAAGGAACAGAAAACCAAUCAAUGCAGUGUCUUACAAA